ACCCACCCAGGGCAGGGUAUAUAUUCUCGCGCAACAGUCUCUCUCUCGCUCUCUCGCUCCCUCCCCUCUCUCCCUCCCCUAUCUUUCGCCUUUGUGCCGCGUGUGCUUGGGGGUGGCGACCGUCAUGGCCGACUUGAGUGUGCGGAAGACCGAGUUGAAGCGGCGAAUUGCGGAACUGAAGGAGGAGGACGCGCCGGUCGAGACCAUCGCCCCGCUCUACGACGAGUACAAGGUUGUGUCCGCGAGGCUCAAGGCCAUCGCCCGCAAGGCUGCGGUCAAGGACGCCAUCCGGGUGGCCAUGUCCGAGGGCUCCGCGCGAGAGGACAUCCAGCCACUGUACGACGAGUACCAACGGCUCAAGGCGACGAUCGAGGCGCCGCUGCCGGUCGUGAUAGAUGACGUCGGACGAACUGGUCCGACGGCUGCGUCGGCAGUCAUGCUGCUCUCGCCCGAGCCAGCCGCACCGCCUGCAACUCAUGGCAGCGACGACCGACUGCUUGCCCGCAAGACCGAGCUCAAGGCUGCAAUCAAGGCUGCGAUGGCACGCAAGGCACCGCAUGAGGAGACAGCGGUGCUCUACGCCGAGUACCAGGAGGUCAAGGCGCAGCUGGCGGGCGAGGAGGCGGGCAUGAGCUCGCCGCCGCCGCCGCCCAAGCGGGUGCCCGACGACGUGGUGGCGGUAAGCAUAGGCAAGAGUUUGCCUGUGGUCGAGUCGCCGACGACGCCGCGGUCGUGGGCCCGUGGCAUGCCGCCACUGCAGCGGGCGCGACUCGAGUCGGUCCACAACAUGGAGACUGCGCCGCAGCCGAUGCGGAUCCGGGACGGCGACGACGGCAGCCUCAUUGUGGUGGCUGGCGCGUCUCAGUUUGAGUGUCUGCCAUCUGAGACGCUUGGGGAGGUGUUUCAACACAACCUCAUUGUGGCAAGUGAGCCACAGGCAGUCGAUGGUGCACCGCUGGCUCUCUCAGUCACCAUGGGCGAGUUCCGCGAGGCCGGGAUGGCGAUCAGGCUUGACAGCGAGGUCUUUGUCCUUGACUUUGCGUCGCGGUCCGCACCGCAGCUUGAUCCGCUGGCAAACGCCGGGACCGCGGUCCGGCUCGCGUACCGCGACGACGGCGCGCUGUCUGUGGUCGGCGACCUCGCGGCGGCGCCGGCAUUUGUGGUUGUGCUCAAUGAGAGCGGGCAGGCGUGCACCCACGUGAUCAUCGGCGGUGAGGGCUUUCCGGUCUCGCCGGGCGAGACGGUGGCGACGUGGGCGGCAGCCACCGAGGUGCCGGUCAAGGCCAUCUUCUCGUCGACGCUCGGCGAGACGCUCCCGUUCACGGUCUCGCUCCACGCAUUUGCCACACUUGCUGUUGCCAUUGCUAUCAACAACAUUGUGUACCGGGUGGUGGCCAAGGACGCUCAUGGUGAGCCGUGGAGCGCAACGCCGCGAGCAAUGCAGCGGGCCGGCCACCGGCGGACGCGGUCAGCAACUGUAGAAGAGGCUCUGCCCGAGCUCGACGAGCGGCAGAUUCCGCUCCGUCCGGUCGAAGCCCACUGUCGGAUCCGCUGGCCACGAGUCAAGAAGCGGCUGAUGCAGCGGACGUGGGCGACCGAGCAGGCCUUUGUCCGCCUCCUCCCGUUCAAGAACCUCUUUCUGGUGUAUCCGGACCACGGCUCGAUGUUUGCGAAACAGUCGCACCGGGUGCCAGAUCUCGAGCCGCUGCUUCCGUCGAGCUACGCUGAGACCGACGGGGCGUCGUGGCCGCGACUUGGCGGGCUCUCUGACCACGACAUGUCGCGGGCGCUUGUGCUUCGGCGGACCCGGCGCGACGCCACGGGCGAGCACCCCGCGCUCCUAGUCCUCAUUCUCAACUCGGCCCAGGAGCGCGAUUCGUGGCUGACCCAGCUUCGCCGGACACGUAUGGCGUCGGCAAAGACCCGGUCGUCAGUCACGCUCCCGCCUGCACUCUCGCUCGAGUCGCUCCACGAGAUGGAGAGCGACGAGACGUCAAUACGAUCGUGCCAGGUGUGCGGAACGGCCAAGGGCUCGAUCACAAAGUUUGACUGUGGACACGGCUCGGUCUGCACCCACUGUGCAGCGCUGCCGCAGGUCUCGUGUGCGGUGUGUGAGGCGGCGCGGCGGAUGGCGGUCCGGCACCUGCCGCGCGAGUGCCACGUCUGCGCCACCGUACCGCGCCUGCUGUACGACAUGGAGUGCGGGCAUGGUCGGCUCUGCCGCUCAUGCCGCGACACCAAGCAGCUGACGUGCGGGACGUGCGUCAAGGAGCGCAAGGCACGGCUUGCGGAGCUUCCGCGGGCAUGCCAGACAUGCGGCGAGUCGCGGGCGCGGCUCUCACUGCUCGAGUGCGAGCAUGCGUACAUUUGCGCCUCGUGCGCCCGCCUCCCCAAGUCUCGUGCAUCGCCUGCGUCCGCGAGGCCAAGGAGCGCUCGCGCGCCCUUGCCCGCAUCUGCCAGGUCUGCCGUUCAACGCCGCGCCGGCUCAUUGCUCUCGACUGUGAGCACGGCUUUCUCUGUCCCGGCUGCAACGCCAUUCCCCAAGUCCAGUGCAUCGUUUGCUCAUCGCACAGUGUGGUUUAACGCGCUGCGCACAGGCGGACUACGGCUGCGCAACCGGGCCGAUGCCAUCAACCACCGUGGGCGGCGGCGCGACUCGGAUCUGUUGCGGCGAGAUGGGGAAGGGCGGGAGGAUGGGCGGAGCCGAAGAGCACGACGAGCUGUCGUCGUCGCUGAACUCGCCCGACGGCACCGCGUUGGACUCUCGCAGUCGCUGCUUGAGCGACUUCAGCUUCUGGGCCUGAAUGUGAAGCGCCUGCUGUCGAAGCGAGAGCUGCUGGCGCUCGUGGGCAAUGUCAGCGUGCUCGCGAAUCAUGGUGAGGACCUGUUCGGGCGUGAUUGGCAUUUCGGGCGAGAGCUGGGUCGCUACCUCGGAAGCCAUCGUUGCCAGCUUGGCAGCCUCGGGCGAGGACGGCUGCGGUGUGUGUUCGGGCCGUGGCGGAGUGACAUGACCCUGCAGGUUGUGGCCUGACGGCUCGAUGACGUUGAUGUGCGGCUGCUCGCCGUAUGUAGCAUACACGCGUGCCCGUUUCUUGGCCCGGCAGAGGAGCCAAGCGCCGACAAGACAGGCUGCAGCAAGUCCGACCACCAUAAUCCAGAAGAGGUAAAACCAGCCGGUCUUGGGAUCGACAACAAA